AUGGAGUCCGUCAAGGCUCCAUCAAAGCCAGAUGGAUACCGGCGUCCACAGCUCGCCCGGCACACGCGGCUCCAGCCUCCUCCCAAGUUCACAGACGUGCAGGCCUCUGCAGGCAGGCAGGGUCCUGCCGGCAAACGGGGGUUCUGGAACCGAGGCCCAGAACUGACAGAAAACAUCGGGCUUCCCGUGGAUCUGAUUGAGAAACAUGACCCGUGGCCCGCCUAUGUCGCAUACACUUCCCCGCUGGUGAAAAGACUGAUUGAGAAAAGCAAAGCCAGAGACAUGGAACGCUUGCAAACGGCUGAGGAGAGCCGGCCGACAUGCAGGCAGAGCAAGCCUCCCAGUGUCAUCCAGCUGAAAAGGAGAAAGUCCUCCAAGUCCUCAGGCAACAUGACGUUCCAGGAUGUGAGGUCAGAGACCACGCUCUCGGGGUGGGGCCCUUUCUCCAUGUCGGCCGUGGGUCCCCCCGUGGUUCCAGAGCACACCCACUUCCACGCGGAUGCUAGGGCAAGUCCCACCGCCGACUACAACAAGAUCAUCUUCCCCCAGAAGCCGAGGAUGAGGAUGCUUCCAUACCGAUCACUGCUGGCCGGCGAGGAGAAACACCCCGACGUUUAA